CAAAAAUCUUUGUUGUCUAAACUCUAAACCAUUCGUUCAGAAUAAAAAUAUAUUUUAAACAUGCUUAACUUUACUAUUUGCCACUCAAUUAUCCGAUUCAUUACAUGCGAUCCUUUGUACUUAUCAACAUAUUAUCAAAAUAAAACAAACACUUCCUGUUCAUGUACGUUGAAAAUAACUUCUCCCAUAAACAAUAUGUACUUUUGAUAAGCUUGAUACCCAAUCACAAAAGUACUUGUCGCUUGUUCUGCUGUAGAGGCAGUUUAGGUUCGAUUUAUUUCAGAAAAAUACAUUUUUUAAAACGUUGAGUUCAGUUUACAUAAGAUAAGAAAUUAAGAAUUUUCCAAAAUGGUAGAUAUUCAUGCCGAUAUUAAAAAUCGACUAUUUACAAUAACCAGGAUGGGGGGCAACGAGUUGCUUACACCCGGCACGGAACUCACCGAGCUAAAAUUUGAGGGGUUCUUAGAUUGGUUCGUUUGUAUUACUGAUCCAAAAGUGCAUUGGAAAUAUGAACCCACUUAUAUUAUUUCCCAGACAGUUGUUGUACUUGGAGGGCUGUUCACCCUGAUACAUGCAAUAGUUAGAGGAGGUCGUCUUCCAUGGUUAUGGUUCGGAAUAACUUUGCAUGGAAUAUUUGUGGAAAUUCUAUGCUACAUUAUUCCAGAUGUAGACAAUUUCUGGCAUUCUCAAACUCCAAUAAUAUUCUUCGGCAGACGACUUCCCUUGCAUAUAAUUCUAGUUUAUAACUGCUUGAUCUACAAUGCAUCAAUAGCAGUGGCCAAAAUGCGCCUUCCCAAAUGGUCCGAACCAUUCGCUGUUGGAUUAACAGUUGUCCUCAUUGAUUUACCUUAUGAUAUUGUUGGUGUAAAGUUUGUGCACUGGUUCUGGCACGACACAGAUCCCAACAUUUACGAUAGGCACUACUCAGUCCCAUGGAAUUCUUACUACUUUCAUUCCGCAUUUACUUGCAGUUUUGUUUUCUGGUUCCAUUUUCUUAGGCGCGUAUUUUGCCAGAGCAAAGGAAAAUGGUUCAAAGGAAAAAGCUUUUUAAAAGAAUUCUUCGCAACUUUCUUGGCGUCUUUAUUGGGGCCCAUUGGUGGCUUGCCCCUCUUCAUUCCGAUAUACCAUCCAUUGCAUGAUGUUUUUAACAUUCACAGUGAAGUUACCUAUUUCAUUCUUUUGACUAUCUUCUUACUCCUAAUUUGGAGUGGCGAUAGGUUGAGUAGAUCGAACGAAGUUAAUUGGAAAAUUCCCAAUAAAACACAUUGGACAACGUUUUUGUUAAUAUUGCAUCUGGUACUUCAUUAUACUACCUUCUGGAUUAUUCCGAUUUUAUUUAAUCCUGAAAAUGAGAUAUCUACAGGGAUUAAGGAGCAAAUCGGGCCAUGCAACGAGUAUGUUCCUGUUCAAACUAUAUCUGGAAUGAUUCUUCAGAAAAGGAAGUACUUAUGCCUGAGCGACUACGACGAAACGUACUUUGACUGGCACUGUUUACCUAAACAGCAGCACCCAACUAAUAAAGCGCUGUGGUAUACUUCCUGCGGAACCCCAUUUGAAAAUCGCACAGAAUAUAUUGCUGUAGUAUCUUUAAUUUGCCUUUUGGCAUCCGUCGUAUUUUACAAUCUUCAUUUUAAAUCCUUCGGCGAUCAAGUGUUUUCGCUAACGGAUGAUCAACUAAAACUUUGCAACCCAAAAUUAAAACGCAAAAAAUUAUAAAAUUGAAUCACACAAAUUAAUUAGUUGCUUGAAAAUGUACACGUUGUUUUUUAUAUGUUGGGUACAUUAUACAUAUAUUAUUACAUAAGGUUUAUAGCAGAAUAUUUUUCACAUACACACUGUACAGGGAUGAUUCAAGUUUGCGUCGUUCCUCCGGAUAUACUGUCGGUAGGUAUUCAGAGAGUACAGAACAAAUUGUAAAUAUAUUUAUUUCCACCCAAAAUGGAGUUGAAUUGAACCAAUGAACAAAGGUAACAAGUAAAAAUAAAUGGCAAAUAUUAGUAGCAGUAGGCAAGAA